AUGCGAGAUGUGCGUCGUCGAGAGAGAAUCGCCGGUCUCAAGCGAGUCUCGAAGAAGGCGUCCAAGAAGCACGAAGUGGGAGCCGCCCUUGGUUCAACAGCUUCUGUCCAGCGCCAGACAGACGACCAGGAGGAGUCGGCAACAGGCGCUGUCGCAGACGUGAGGCCGCCGCCCUCAUGGGUCGCGUUUAAGAGCAAGGACGAAUCAAAGGUACUCUAUAUAUUCAACAACCCUCUGACGACCGCUGUAUACCAAACCCUAGAUCCGAUGGAUACUAUCAAGGGUUUUGAGGGAAUAGGCAAUGUCGUCGGCAACCUGGUACAUUAUAUCAACCAUUGCCUGAUACCCAUGACUUUCCCCAUUGAAGCCAGAAAAGAAGAAGAGACAAAGAAGCGGCUAGCCAUAAUGAGGGUUGCGGCUCUUUCAUCGUCUGCUUCUUUUUUUUGCCCAGAUGACCCUCAGCGCCGCGCACAAAGCGAUCUUUGA